UUUCUGUCUCAGUACCUUGCUUUUCCCUCAGCUUGCCUCAGCAUCUCUGCUCUCACACCUCCACCCACCAACACCACCAAAAUGGCCUUUGCUGGAAGAUGGGAAACCGAGACCCAGGAGGGAUAUGAUCAGUUCUGCAAGCUGCUUGGUAUCCCUGAUGAAGUUAUCGAGAAGGGCCGUGACUACAAGCUGAUCACAGAGGUCACCCAGGACGGAGAUACCUUCUCCUGGACCCAAAUCUACCCCACAAACGCCAAGGUCACUAACAAAUUCACCAUCGGCAAGGAGUGCGACAUGGAGACCAUCGGAGGAAAGAAGUUCAAGGCCACAGUGCAGAUGGAGGGAGGCAAGCUGAGCGUGGCCUUCCCCAACUACCACCACACCUCUGAGAUCUGCGGAGGCAAGCUUGUCGAGACCUCCAAAUCCGGUUCUGUAGUACUGGUGAGAACCAGCAAGAAGCUUUAAACACUGACUGACCUUAGACCCCUUAAACAGUUACAGCGGAGGUCAGAACUACGGCUACUUUAAUAAAUAAACUAAGAAUUUGACACUAACAUGAA